GAGCGCAGGGGCCAGGCGCGGCGGCUCGCGGGGUGCGCGCGCGGCGCCGGCGUGGGCACGGCCAUGGGACUGCGCUCCGCUGGACGGACCUGGCGUCCUGCCUCCCGUGGCAUCUGCUACCUGGGCAUCGCUGCCGCUACGUGGGGCCUCGUCGUGAAGCUAGAGGUGGGAGCCUGGACGUACCAUUACAAUGAUCAGAAGGACUACACAUGGGAGCAGUCAAGGAACUACUGCCAGACCUAUUUCACGGACCUCGUGGCCAUCCAGAACAAGAAGGAAGUCGAGUACCUCAACAAAUGGCUGCCCUUCCACCAGCCGUACUACUGGAUCGGCAUUCGCAAGCUGAACGGCAUCUGGACCUGGGUGGGCACCGGGAAGGCACUGACGAAGGAGGCUGAGAACUGGGCUGAGAAAGAGCCCAACAACAAGCGCUCCAACCAGGACUGCGUGGAGAUCUACAUCAAGAGGCAGCGGGAGUCGGGGAAGUGGAACGAUGAGCCCUGCAACAAGAGGAAACGGGCGCUGUGCUACCAGGCCUCCUGCCAGCCCUUCCCCUGCAGCCAGCGUGGCGAGUGCGUGGAGACCAUCGGGAACUACAGCUGCGAGUGCUGGCCUGGCUUCCACGGCCGCGACUGCGAGAACGUCGUCACAUGCCCAGUGCUCAGCGCUCCAGACUGGGGAGAGCUCAGCUGCUCCCACCUCCAUGGAAACUUCAGCUUUGGCUCCACGUGCACCUACUCCUGCCAGACAGGGUUUGUGCUGAUGGGACCACAGAGCCGCGAGUGCACAGCCACCGGGGACUGGACUGGGCAACCCCCGCAAUGUGAAGCCAUCAAAUGCCCUGCACUGGCCGUCCCCGCCAUCGGACACGCAACCUGCUCCCACCUCCAUGGAAACUUUAGCUUUGGCUCCACGUGCACCUUCUCCUGCCAGACGGGCUUUGUACUGACGGGACCACAGAGCCGCGAGUGCACAGCCACUGGGGACUGGACUGGGCAACUCACCCAGUGCAAAGUCGUCACAUGCCCAGUGCUCAGCGCUCCAGAUCAGGGAGAGCUCAGCUGCUCCCACCUCCACGGCAACUUCAGCUUUGGCUCCACGUGCACCUUCUCCUGCCAGACGGGCUUUACACUGAUGGGAUCACAGAGCCGCGAGUGCACAACCACCGGGGACUGGACUGGACAACCCCCGCAAUGUGAAGCCAUCAAAUGCCCCGCACUGGCCAUCCCCGCCAUGGGACAUGCAACCUGCUCCCACCUCCAUGGAAACUUUAGCUUUGGCUCCACGUGCACCUUCUCCUGCCAGACGGGCUUUGUACUGAUGGGACCACAGAGCCGCGAGUGCACAGCCACUGGGGACUGGACUGGGCAACCCCCACAAUGUGAAGCCAUCAAAUGCCCCGCACUGGCCGUCCCCACCAUGGGACACAUAGCCUGCUCCCACCUCCAUGGAAACUUCAGCUUUGGCUCCACGUGCACCUACUCCUGCCAGACGGGCUUUGUACUGAUGGGACAACAGAGCCGCGAGUGCACAGCCACCGGGGACUGGACUGGACAACCCCCGCAAUGUGAAGCCAUCAAAUGCCCCGCACUGGCCGUCCCCACUAUGGGACACGCAGCCUGCUCCCACCUCCAUGGAAACUUCAGCUUUGGCUCCACGUGCACCUACUCCUGCCAGACGGGCUUUGUACUGAUGGGACAACAGAGCCGCGAGUGCACAGCCACCGGGGACUGGACUGGACAACCCCCGCAAUGUGAAGCCAUCAAAUGCCCCGCACUGGCCGUCCCCACUAUGGGACACGCAGCCUGCUCCCACCUCCAUGGAAACUUCAGCUUUGGCUCCACGUGCACCUUCUCCUGCCAGACGGGCUUUGUACUGAUGGGACCACAGAGCCGCGAGUGCACAGCCACUGGGGACUGGACUGGACAACCCCCACAAUGUGAAGCCAUCAAAUGCCCCACACUGGCCGUCCCCACCAUGGGACACAUAGCCUGCUCCCACCUCCAUGGAAACUUCAGCUUUGGCUCCACGUGCACCUUCUCCUGCCAGACGGGCUUUACACUGAUGGGACCACAGAGCCGCGAGUGCACAGCCACCGGGGACUGGACUGGGCAACCCCCGCAAUGUGAAGCCAUCAAAUGCCCUGCACUGGCCGUCCCCACCAUGGGACAUGCAGCCUGCUCCCACCUCCAUGGAAACUUCAGCUUUGGCUCCACGUGCACCUUCUCCUGCCAGACGGGCUUUGUACUGAUGGGACCACAGAGCCGCGAGUGCACAGCCACUGGGGACUGGACUGGGCAACCCCCACAAUGUGAAGCCAUCAAAUGCCCCACACUGGCCGUCCCCACCAUGGGACAUGCAGCCUGCUCCCACCUCCAUGGAAACUUCAGCUUUGGCUCCACGUGCACCUUCUCCUGCCAGACGGGCUUUGUACUGAUGGGACCACAGAGCCGCGAGUGCACAGCCACCGGGGACUGGACUGGGCAACCCCCGCAAUGUGAAGCCAUCACCUGCCCGGUGCUAGACACUCCCAGCAGAGGCAGAAUAAACUGCUCUCAUUUUCACGGCAACUUCACGUACAACUCCACAUGUGCCUUCUCCUGUGAGGCGGGAUUUGUUCGGAUGGGAGCAGAGGUGCUCCGGUGUGUGGCCACAGGGAACUGGACCCGACGCCCCCCUGUCUGUGCAGAGGAUGCCGCCUCCUUCUUGAAGCAAGUGCUGGUUUACAGCGGCAGCACUGCUCUGGUGGCAGCAAGCGUGGUGCUCUCUGGGACGCUCAUCGCCCUUCUAGUCAAGCGGCUCAGUGACAGAGAGAAGAAGAAGCUCCUGAAUCCCACCAGUGACUUGGGAUCACCAGGCAUCUUCACCAAUGCAGCAUAUGACCCAAACUUGUAAGAGCACCUGGGACAUGCCCGGGGCUGGGACGUCCCCUCGAGGAGAAAGGACCUGACGGUACUUCACGCCUCCACCUCAGCAGAAGCUCGCUCCCACCGGGCAGAGCAGCCGCCACCCGGACUCGGCCCGUGGUCGCGGCUGCGCCGCCGCCGCGCGUCCCCCCCGUGCUCGGCGACCCACGGCUGGCGGGGAGCGGCGGCGUGGCGCGUGGCGUGGGGCGGUGGCACCGCCCUGCGCCCUUCCCUUAGCGCGCAAGGACACCCCACGCACGCAGAACGCGGCUGUUCCCACCCACCCCCUCGGGGGCACCGGCCCACUCGUGCUUCUGGCGAGGGGCCUGCGCCGCGGACCGAGUAAAGACCGCUGU